AUGAUACUACUCUUCGGUUUUGUAGAACGCGAUCUCCACGACGAAAUGGUAGCGCAUCACUACAAGAGCGGGCCCGUAUCUAGUCGGGAUGCUAUCAAAAGAGCUCUCAAAUCUCACGAAAAUCCCCUCGAAGACGCGUCCAUGACCAGAAUACCAGAACACCUUCGUGUGCUGCCCAAUGGGCCCCCAUUCGUGCACAAUCUCGAUCCAACGUUGCACAUCUACUAUAGCAGUGCAACGAUACAGAAGGCCGCCUUGAAUGGGUUGCACACUAUCGUAGCUGACGGGGUUCAUUCGUUUCAACCCCGUCAGCUACGGAAAACGGGGCAGCUAUAUACUGCUCACGGUGUGUGUUCUAAUGGAGUUGAAGUUCCGCUCUUGUAUGCUGUCUCAGCAAGAAAAACAGAGGAGAUCUACGAGGCGAUUUUUGGUCAUCUGCGUGCCGAACUCGAAGCAUCCGUGAUGCCCCCGGCUUUGAGAAUUGUUCUAGACUACGAAAGGUCGGCUAUUUUAGCAGCCGGCAGGGUGUUCCCUCAGGCGAGGGUGCAGGGAUGCGCCUUUCACCUGGCGCAGGUCUGGAACCGGCGGCGCGAUAAGGUCGGCAUGACGCCGUUCCUCGAAGGCCCACAGAAGUCGGUGGAGGUUGCCGACUGGUGGGACACCAUCAAGGGAUUGGUGUUCCUGCCACGGCGCCUCCACCGCGAAGUGCGGGCCCUCGAUGCGCCGCCGGUUCCAGUGCAGCACCCUGCCUUCACACCCUGCCGGCUGUUUCUUUCGUACCUAAGGGAGAACUGGUACGAAGGUAUGUUCUCCGACAUGUGGGACAAAUACGGCCUCGAAGAACUACGCACUACCAAUUUGGCGGAGGCGUACCACAGUCAGCUCAAUACGCUGUUUGAUGCAGACCACCCACAGUUGGGUAAACUGAUUGAGGUCCUUCGGGACCUCAACAGUGAAGCAUUCGCGGCACUGACAGCGUUAGAGCAGAAUCCCACACACGCAAAGUAUCUCAGGAGAAGGGACCGGGAGCGACGCGAAAGGAUAGCAACCGAGAUGCGAAGGUAA